CUAGAAAAGGCACUUUAUGCAUGUGGAAAUGAUCUUGAUUCGACUAUUAAGAGCAUUAAUAACUUUUUUUUGAGAUUUGGUGAGAAUGCCACCACACAUACAAGAAAGGCUCAGAGGCCAACAGACAUGUUUUGAAUCAAGAAUUUUUUUGAAGCCUUUGGUGAAUCUAAGGAUGAUUGCUUGGAACGGAAUGUGGAUGUUAUCAUUGAUUCUACUCUCAAUAAAAGAGUGAAAGACAUAAAAGAUUAUCAUGAAGCAUCAAGACAAAAGGACAAUAAAACCCAAAAUAAGAAUCCACUUUCUCCCUUUCUCCGAACCCACUCCCUCGUCCCCACCCGUUCAAAUCAAAGCAAGAUCCAGCUGUCCCCAGAGGGUGGAAUGAAGGGGCGGCGGUGAUGGAGAAGGCAGAGGAAGAGUUAGAGAGGAGAAGCAAGUUCUUGAACAGCUUGAUACUGAGGAAGAGGGGCGGCGCGGAGGGGGAGCAGAACGACGGCAUCCGGCCUCAGCCCCAACAACAGAAGGUCAUCCUCCGCGUGAGGGCCUCCGACAUGCCCUUAGCCCUCCAGAACAGGGCCUUUAAGUGCGCCACCAACUGCCUCGACUCCAUGCCCUCUCCCAAGCUUGACAGCAAACGCCUCGCACUUGCUCUCAAGAAGGAAUUUGACUCUGCAUAUGGUCCGGCAUGGCAUUGCAUCGUAGGAACAAGUUUCGGCUCGUACGUUACGCAUUCCCUGGGAGGAUUUUUGUACUUCUCGAUCGACAAGGUUUAUAUCCUUCUGUUUAAAACUGCUGUAAAGCCUUUGAAUCAAUGACUGUCUCCUCUAGAUUCCUUGUAAUUUUGGAAUUUUUGCUGUGGAACUCCUUGUUUGUGAGUCAACUGUCAUUUGGAAAAGUUGAAUGAACAGAAAUGCCAAAUGUGGGAACUAAUGAUUAACACUAGUCUGUUGAAUUGUUAGUUUUAGUUUAUACACGCACCUGAGAGAAAAAAAAUCAGAUCUGGAGUAUAUAAACAGAGUGUUUUUAU